AGUUUGUCCAGAUCAAACCACAUCUCUGAAGGAAGUCAACCGCAGCAGUUUCAGUUUGACUCAGAAGACGAGCUGCAAGAGUAACAAUGUGAGAUAGAAGAUAGUAUUCACUUUUUGUUGUGUUUUUACCAUACGCAAUAUCACAGUAAAGCAACUACUUUAGAAAAAUGCUCAGUAUUAAAUAAAAUUAAAAAUGUUUUAAGUCUUAAUAAGUGCUAGAAGAGCACUUAUAUGUAACUAUAAAUCAUUUGUAAAGUACCUGUAAAGCACCCACAUGCAGGGUUAAACUCGUGGGAGGAUUCACACACCAGCUCAAGUGCUUCCAGCAGAUAGUUUCAUUACAUCAGACUUUUCAGAAAAUGUUUCAUGUGUUUGCUUUGUUAUGUUUGUGCUGGUGGCGUCUGACGGGUGUGUUUAGUGAGUCGGUGUCAGUGAUGGAGGGAGAUUCUGUCACUUUAUACACUGGUGUUAUUGAAAUAUGUGAAGGUGACGACGUACUGUGGAAAUAUGAAAACUCUCUCAUAGCUAAAAUUAAAAAAAGAAGAAAAUCUUCUCCACAUGGCAUUAUUGAUGGGAGAUUCAGAGACAGUCUGAAGCUGGAUGAUCAAACUGGAUCUCUGACCAUCACAAACAUCAGAACUGAACAUACUGGAGUUUAUCAACUAGAGAUAAGUGGAGCGAAUCUGACAUCAAAAACAUUCAGUGUUUCCGUCUAUGCUCGUCUGUCUGUUCCUGUCAUCAGCAGAAACUCUUCACAAUGUUCUUCAUCAUCAUCAUCAUCCUCAUCACAGCAGAAUUGUUCAUUGUUGUGUUCAGUGGUGAAUGUGGGUCAUGUGACUCUCUCCUGGUACAAAGGAAACAGUUUAUUGUCCAGCAUCAGUGUGUCUGAUCUCAGCAUCAGUCUCUCUCUACCUCUGGAGGUGGAAUAUCAGGAUAAAAACACCUACAGCUGUGUGCUCAACAAUCCCAUCAGCAACCAGACUCAACACCUCAACAUCAAUGAACUCUGUCACACAUGUUCAGUUCCUCCAGACUCAGUCUCUCUGAUAGUGCUGAUCUCUGCUGCUGCUGCUGGAUCUCUGCUGAUUAUAGUUGCAGUCGUGAUCUUCUGCAUCUGCAGGAAAUGUAAAAAAACAGUCCAGACCCAGGAGAAAAACAAAACUGAUUCAGCAUUGUGUAAAACAACAACACAAAAAAAGAAAUCAAAGAAGGAGCCUGUGUAUGCAAAUGUCACCAAAACAAGAUGAUCAAGAGAACUCACAUGGGCCCUGCUUCACGCCUUAGUUCAUAUUUAUUCUCUGACAUUUGUUUAUUCUCUGUAUAUUUGUGCAUGCACUCUCCUAAAGAAAACUAUUUAAGUUGUAUAACUUGUAAAUUGUAUUCAGUGUUGGGAAGGUUACUUUGGAGAUUGCAAAUGUAAUAAGUAGUGUAAUUAUUUCAAUUACUUUUUAAAAAAUAUAUAAUUUAACUGAUUACAUCUGAUUACUUUUAUACACUUAUAACAAAUGUUUUCAACUGUUAAUGAUUUUCAAAUAUUUAAAGCAAGCAAGGUUAACCUUACAGGACUUAACACUGAUCAAGAGAAAACUGAGAAAUUCAGCACAAGGACAUCAUCGCUCUCUAGUGUCCAAAGCAAGAAAUCACAUUAGCACUACUUUUACAGUAUAGAGUGCACUAUAAAUACUGUUUUCAUAGUCACUAUGCUGAUGUUUAUAAUAAUAUGUAAUAAUAACAACAACAAACUCAAUUAAACACAGAUUACUUUGGUUUAUUAGAAUAAAAUGUCUUUAUAUUGUCAUUGCUUUUCGAGUGGCGCCAUCUGGUGUGUUUAAAAUAAAAGCAGCUAAAACAGCAUUACAGCACUAUGCAACAAGAGACUGAAAGUGUCAUGUGACGUAAUACGUAGUCACCAAACUUUGGUGUCGCUUGAUGUGCAUGUGAAGGUAGAUAGAGUUGAUCUUCCUUAUGCUUAAAUACUGAGUCAUAGCUCACUUUUUCAUUUAAUGGACUAAUUUAAAAAUGUAUCGCAUGUUUUACAUUCUUCAAAGGAAAAUGCAGUGAAUGACUAAAUUAUAGCCAACAGUGACAGAAACACUGAAGCUCCUAAAGUUGAUGGUGCUGCUGAUUUUUAGUUGUUAAAAUCCCAACACUUAAAAUUAGUUCUGUGAAAUAGUGACAGCUUUAGUAAACAAAAUAGAUGUAUUCUGAUCAGAUCUAGUAAAAUAACUAAAUUCAGUAUUCCUAGAUUAGAGAUUAUAGUAGCUUUUAAUUAGAUAUAUACACCAAUGAACCAUUACAUUAUGGCCAUCUAAUUAACUGCAGGAACUCCUUUAGCCCGCAAAACAGUAGCCAUGCAAUGAGGCGCUGAUUCAACAACCGGUCCUCCAAUUCCCGUACUUUGCAGGGUGGUGGUGAUGUAGCGCAAUCCCCCUUUUCCUAGUUGGACAACAAUUGUUCUAUUGGGUUCGUGUCAGGUGAAUUUGGAGGCCAAGACAUUGACAGAAAUUCACCAUCACGUUCCUCGAACCACUCCUUGAUGAUUUUGGCAGUGUGGCAUGGCACAUGAUC